AUGAUGAUGCAGGCCGACAGAGCCCGGCAGAAGGAGACGGCGACGCUGCGAGUUACCACCAAAGGAGGUCAGCAGCCGCUGUUGACUGCCGCUGUGGAUAACACAACAACUGUGGCAGCACUGAAGUGCGAGGUCGAAGCACGCACCGGCUGGCCAGGAAAGCAGCAGCUGCUCUCUUCGAAUGGCUUGCCGUUGAUGGGACACCAAGUUGUACAGAGCUUAUCGUGUCUCAAUGACGAUGCUGAGCUGCACGCCCGAUGCGCUGACGAAUCUUGGGUUCGCGAAGUCGAGGAGCUUGGUCUCACCACUGGAACAGAGGCUCGAAGAGCAGAUCUGCUUGGAGACACUCUAGAAAGGAUGAUCGAAAGCUGUCUCCACGAAUCGGGGUCAUUGAAGGAGCAGCUUGAAGUCAAGGUAUGCGGGAUGAGCGAGAAGUUCAAAAAAGCCACCAGCAUGAUCUUGGGCAGCUCCGGCACCCUCGAGGCCGCCGCAAUGGAUCUGAACCGCAACCGCGAUGUGCUUUUCGAGGCCGUGCCCAGAAGUUCAAAAGCAGCAAGGCAAGCGGCAGAGGAACUAAUGCGCUGCCGGAACAAGCUUCUGUCCUCUACGCAAGGCAACGGCGAGGUGCUGGAAAAGUCUCGAUUGGUUCUUGGUCCGGCACACCGAGAGCUGCAGCAACUGGCGAGCGAAGUCCAUGGCCGACUGCAGCAAAUCCUGGAGCUUUUGUUGCGCCAGAGCGAACUUCUCCAUCUGCAGAGGUUUCGUGGGUGGCUUUCUGGCCGAAAGGUGGACAUCAGCUUCAGAAGAUGGCAGGCCAGACAAGAAAGCGUGAGCCUGGACGCUUCGGUCGUGCAGCAGGUCGCUGGCGACCUGCUCGUCAAUCGGAAAGGCUACAGGCAAGCAGUUGCCACGAACCUCGCUGCCAUCAAGCUUGCAAACGAGUACCUGCAACAGGACGAAGCCAUUGUCCUCAACUGGGCGCUCACGCACGUUUCCAAGGAGCGCACACUGGACCGAGACUUCAUUCUGAGCGUGGUGAACGCAAACGGCGAGGCCCUUGAGGAGGCACCCCCUCCUCUGCGCGGGGACCGCGAAGUCGUGCUCUGCGCGGUGAAAAGUUCCAAGGGUUGGGCCCUGCAGUUUGCCUCCGAUGCGCUGAAACGAGAUCCCGAAGUUGUGCUUACUGCUGUGCGCAGGAAUGCCUUGUCUUUGGAGUUUGCAGCAGAAGCACUACGCUCAGAUCGCCAAGUCGUCUUAGCUGCAGUGCAGGUGCAGGGCGAAGCUUUGGAGUUUGCGUCGGCAGACCUCAGACCCUCUGCCAAAACGAGCCAGCACAACAACAAGCCAGGUCGCGGCUGGGCGUUGCAGUUCGCGUCGGAGGAACUUCGGGCCUGCCCGGCCACCGUCCUGGCGGCGGUAAGUGCCAAUGGCUUGGCUUUGGAAUACGCUGACGCUGCACUUCAAGGUGACAAGCCGACGGUUUUGGCGGCUGUGACAACGAAUCCAUCCGCUCUGCAGUUCGCUUCCAAGCAGCUGCAAGAAGACAGGGAAGUGGUGCUAGCCGCCAUCGCCAAGGAUGGCUGCGCGCUUCAAUUUGCAGCUGGAGCCAUGAAGGCGGACCGGGCAGUUGUACUCGCAGCUUGGCGUCAAAAAACGGCGCAUGUGCUCUUGCUGGCGGACAAGGAGCUGCAAACAGACCUUUCAAUCUUGGAAGAGGCGCAGCAGCAGCAGCGUGAGAAACUAGAAUCCGCGAGACCCGCGACUGCUCAGCCUUUCAAAAGCGAGCCGUGCCAUGCAGGUGCAGCAGGUACUGAACCAUCUUGGUCUGACAGUGCCUUUGCAGAUCUCGAAAAGACCCACUUGUGA